CCUCGUUAUAUAAACAUAACACAACCUGCUAAUCUUCAAUUCCACACACAAACAGGAGAUUUGAAAAAAUCACAAGAGCAAAACAGAGAAGAAAUUUCAUCUCAAUUAUUCGUUAAUGGCUCUCGCUGUUGCUUCUUCUUCUUCUACUUCGAUCUCUGGCCGGACCUUCUCUCUAUCCACUCCCUCCUCUGACCUCAAAGCUCCACUAGUUGGUUCGUUUCGGGUGUUUGAUCGAGCCCACGGCCAAAUUCAAAGCCAAGCUGUAACAUUUUCUCAAAGACGGAGCUCGGUGAAGCCCGUAAAUGCGCAGCCUAAACGGAAUGAGUCAAUUGUGCCCCUUGCAGCAACCAUCGUUGCUACUGAGGCAGUUGAGAAAGUAGAGGCAGAGGACUUUACGCAAUUGGCUAAAGGGCUUGAGAAUGCUUCCCCUCUUGAAAUUAUGGACAAGGCCCUUGAGAAAUUCGGCAACGACAUUGCCAUUGCUUUCAGUGGAGCUGAGGAUGUUGCUUUGAUUGAGUAUGCACAUUUAACUGGUAGGCCCUAUAGGGUUUUCAGCUUGGAUACUGGGAGGCUGAACCCUGAAACAUAUCAAUUCUUUGACACAGUUGAGAAGCACUAUGGCAUCCACAUUGAAUACAUGUUUCCAGAUGCUGUUGAAGUUCAGGCAUUAGUAAGGAGCAAAGGGCUGUUCUCUUUCUACGAGGAUGGGCACCAGGAGUGCUGCCGCGUGAGGAAGGUGAGACCUCUGAGGAGGGCCCUUAAGGGACUACGUGCCUGGAUCACUGGCCAAAGGAAAGAUCAAUCUCCAGGUACUAGGUCUGAAAUUCCGGUUGUCCAGGUCGACCCUGUUUUUGAGGGACUGGAUGGUGGGAUUGGCAGCCUGGUGAAGUGGAACCCAGUAGCAAAUGUUGAAGGUCGUGACAUAUGGGACUUCCUUCGUGCCAUGAAUGUGCCCGUGAAUUCACUGCACUCGAAGGGGUAUAUCUCAAUUGGUUGUGAGCCAUGCACAAGGUCAGUCCUACCAGGGCAACAUGAAAGAGAAGGAAGGUGGUGGUGGGAGGAUGCCAAGGCUAAGGAAUGUGGUCUUCACAAAGGCAACAUUAAACAGGAAGAGGGAAACCAAUCUAAUGGCAAUGGUAAUGGGGCUGCACAUUCAAAUGGCACUGCCACUGAAACUGAUAUAUUUACUUCCCAGAAUUUAGUUACCUUAAGCCGGACUGGAAUAGAAAAUUUGGCAAGGCUGGAGAACCGGCAAGAACCAUGGAUUGUAGUGCUCUAUGCACCAUGGUGCCAAUUCUGCCAGGCAAUGGAAGGAUCAUACAUUGAGCUGGCUGACAAGUUGGCAGGGAGUGGUGUGAAAGUAGGAAAGUUCAGAGCAGAUGGUGAGCAGAAGGAGUUUGCCCAGAAUGAACUGCAGCUUGGAAGCUUCCCCACGAUACUUUUCUUCCCCAAACACUCUUCUCGGCCAAUCAAGUACCCAUCAGAGAGGAGGGAUGUUGAUUCAUUGAUGGCUUUCAUCAAUGCCCUCCGGUAACCGGACUUUUGAAAUGUUUAAAGAAAGUAGUCCCAGGUAUUAGAGAAUCGAAGUCCCCAAGCUCCCAUUCAUCUCCAUACUUAAAAGGUGAAGUCAACAUUCGUUGGCAAACCAGCUGGAUAAAUUGCACUGAUUUUUCCUAGAAUCUGUGUUUUUGGAAAUGUAUUUAUGUUUCUCUAAGAAUAAUUCUGAAUCGUUAGGUACAGUGUAUUCUCACCUUAGUCAAAGUUCCUUAUGGGACAUCGUAGGGCUUUUGAAUUUAUUUUAUUUUAUUUUUUAAAUUUUAAUUUUCUGUUUUGUUGUUGGUUAGAGAUUGUCCACAAUGAGACAUACGAUUUUGGAAAUGGGAAACGUAUGUUUUAUUGUUUGUUUGCUGUAUCAGAUUGGUGGAUGUACUUGCCAGUUUUCUUUC